CAAGGAAAGUGGUGCCCAACCAGCCAUGGAUCAACCCCAAUCCGUCAGGGUUUGCAGCAGACGGCACCCCAUGCAAUGACAUCUACAUGCGCGGCGUAAGCUACUGCCCCACACGCUGGCCUGGAAAUUCGCGGGCAAUCGCCUUGUGCAGUCAGAGCCUUGAUGUACAGCGCGGGCAUUGUGGGCUCGGACCAUUGGUGCGCAACCCCUCGGACGACCCAAGUGUGGAUCGAAUUGGCGGCCCUCUUAACCCGAAUGUCCCUGGUGUCUUCCGGUGA